AACUUCCCCGAUCGAACAACAACAUUGGAUCUAUCUCGCUAAGGAAGCUGUGUUUAUUUCACGCAAUACGACAAAUAUGGAAAAUUUAAAAGAACAAGUUAUGAUAAACCACUUUAUUUCAGCGACAGGCUGCCAUGUAGAGCAAGCUAAACAGUUGUUAACAGCAUCAAAGUGGCAGUUUCAGACGGCUCUUAGUAUGUUCUUUCAAGAAUCGGCCAUUCCUUCGUGUCGAACUUGCAACGGAAACCAUACAAAUGCUCACUAUCCGCUCUGUACGCCUGCUAAUACUCCAGCUACGCCACCCAAUUUCCCAGAUGCACUCGCUGCAUUAUCAAAACUUUCAACAACAGAAAAAUUCAGCUCAUCUCCGUAUGCCACAUCACCUCAGCAGGUUGCACAUUCUCCAAAAGGGAUGGAGAUAGAAACACAGCGAUAGUAAGAACAGGUGCGCUGUUUUAUCUUCUGGAGAUGAUGAUGGAAGAACGGAUGAGGAAGAAAAAGACUUGUGUUAUUCGUCCAUUCUUAGAGGGAGGAAGGUGGAGGGAUGUAAGGACAUGCUGAGCCAUGGGUGGCCAGUGGGUCCUUUUAGGAUGUUUUACAUGUAUUGGAAACAAAGUGCUAUAAUACCUUAAUUGGAUACCUCACUUGUAGUGUAUACCCGUACUACCAUCAGACAUUUUUGUGGAAAGACUAGUUCUUUUCCACCUAGUUAUGUGUGUUUAUCCAAGUGUCUGACAUUAGUCUGAAAUACCCUCUAUAAAUUUCUUGAUGGUAAGUUUUAUUUUCAAUUUGAUCACUAUUGAUAUGAUGUAGUGCUGUGUGAGGAUGUGUGUGAUAUUUAUGAGUUACUGUGAUCAGAGGAGAGAACGAUUGAAGAGUAAAAGUUGUUGCUUAAUCAUGAUAGAUAUAUUUGCCUCAUAUCCCGAUCAGCGUUUUAGUUUGUACGGGAGGUUUGUCAUUUAUCUCUGCCUUUUUAUGAGGCAGUCAGUGUGAGGGUGCCAUUGCUGUAUAUGUUACCGGGAAAUCACAGUCCUGACUGACUUCAGCACCUGGUCCUUCUCACUUAUAGUCAUACUAUCAUGUCUUUCCUUAUUUAACAUGCACCUCGUUGGUCUAACAUAUAGAAAACUCCUUCAUGAUCAGUACAGCAAUUUAUUUUACAAGAAAUUUCUUAUUGUGUGAAUUUUGUUGACAUUUUUAUAAUGAUCAUGUAUUUGAAUAGUUCAGUUGUAAUGAUUAGAACAUUUUUAAGUUGAAUUGAUAGACUCUCAACUGAGGUUCAUAAUCAUAAAUUCAUGUUUUUCUCCUGGAAUUUGUACUUCAUCAUCAUUGCGUACAAUCAAUUCAUCUUACAUCAGCAUAUGUUUUACUUUAUCAUGUUCAACUUGUACUGGUGUUGCUGUUUUACUUCCGUUAAGUAUAAAGAAAUAAUCUAGGAAGCUAUGAUUUUAUAGAACGCUUAAUUAUAGAAAUGAAACUUGGUACAUACGUACCAGUCUGAAGUUGUUGAGUUCAAAAAGGAAAAAUACUGUCAUUUUAGUGUCAUUACUUUACCUACAUUUUGAUACAUUCACCAAUAAACUGCAUCAAAAUUUUAUCAUUAUCAUGAAACAUUGGAAAUUGAAAUUGUUGAUCAUGUUGAUAAUAACAUCUUAAAUUCAUCUGGAACCCAACAAACUUCAGCUGUAGUUGUAUUUAAGCAACUCUUGGUUACAUACACACAGAUACUAACAUAACUGCCUUUUUCAGAUUUAUAUUCUAUUUUGCCUUUAUUACAUAUGUUUGUAUGUUUUGUAUUUUGUAUCAGGUUUUGCUUGUUAUAGAUCAAAUGUGUACAUGUAUUUUGCCCAAAGUUUUCUCAUCAUCUCAUAGCUGGAGAGAACUUAACACAUGUUAAUUAGUCUCAAUUUGUAUGAAUUUUGUAUAUACACGUUAUUCUAAACUUAUUAAUAUUAGACAAAGUUGAUGUUUUGUUGAUAAAAAUAUUGACAAGUCUGCAGCUCCUUGUAAUAUGUAAAAUGAUGAUUGUACAUGUAUUAAUACCAUGAGAGCAAAUUUAUGAUAACUCUAUAUGAUAUUGUUGUACAGAAGUACUUUUUCUGUUGUCAUGUUCACAUGUGAAAGACAUUGUCAGAGAAAGGCAGUUAUAUAUAGAUACCACAUGAUUUCCGUGAGUAAAUAAAAAUCUUAACAAGA